CGGCCCCAGGGACACUAGCUGGGCCCCGUGAGGCGCACGUUCCCCGAGCGCCCCUACGCGGAUCCUAGGCGCCUCCUCUGCGCGCUGGUGUCACCCGGGCGCAGCGAAGGGCCAGGCUCCGACUGUAGCCGAGAUCCAGGCGCGUCACCAAGGCAGGGGCCGGGCUGCCUCGGGGACAAACAGAUAUCUCGGCUCCCGCCCAGGGGCUGCUGGAACAUGUGCCGAGAGACUCAGUUCGUUUGACAGUUGCUAGACUAUGUUUCUACUUCUGAUCCUACUCAGCCAGCUGCCCACACUUACUCUCGCGGUUCCUCAUUGUUCAAGAAGCCUAAAGGAUUCCGAACAUGCCCCAGAAGAAGUUUUUGCAUCAAAAGAAGCAGCAAACAUCUUUAUGCAUCGCCGCCUCCUGUACAAUAGGUUUGAUUUAGAACUCUUCACUCCCGGGGACCUGGAGAGAGAGUGCUACGAGGAGUUCUGUAAUUAUGAAGAAGCCAGAGAGAUUUUCGGGGAUGACGAAAAAACGAUUACAUUUUGGAAGGAUUAUUCAAUUAAAGGACCAACCACAAGAUCAGAUGUUAACAAAGAGAAAAUUGAUGUUAUGGGCCUUCUGACUGGAUUAAUUGCUGCUGGAGUACUCUUGGUUAUUUUUGGCUUACUUGGUUACUAUCUGUGUAUCACCAAGUGUAAUAGGCAGCCAUACCCGGGGUCUUCAGCUGCCUACACAAGAAGGGCCAGACACACACCCUCCAUCAUUUUCAGAACACAUGAUGAGGCCGUGUUGUCUCCUCUGUCAUCGUCAGAGGAUGCAGGACUGCCUUCCUAUGAACAGGCAGUAGCACUGACCAGAAAACACAGUGUCUCGCCACCACCUCCAUACCCUGGACCAGCAAAAGGAUUUAGGGUAUUUAAAAAGUCCAUGUCGCUCCCAUCUCACUAAGCCCAGUGUGCUGCCUUGCUGUGAGACAUUCACUCGUGUGGUUUGGAGAGCUUGUUCUCCCUGAAGCAAAGAAGAUUUGCCUGCUCACCUUUGUAAGGCAAACCUCAAGGAAUAAAGA